AUGAAGAGGACCACCAUAACUGCAUUGAUUCAUUCGACAUUGCCUCUUGGAUAUGUAUUUACACUUUGGUGUGGUGGUGAGAGAGGCCAAUGGAUGUUACCAUCAGCUUUUGCAAUGGCGAUCAUACCAUUACUAAUGUGCUAUAAAAUAGUCUGCUGGUGGGAGUAUGAUAAGAGUAAACAUCCUAUAGUUAAGGCUCUAUCGCCUUAUGUGACUACAGGAAGUGAUUGGAGAGUAGUUGCUGCUAAUUUCAAUACUGAAUACAGAAGUGUGGACAAAGUAUCCAUUGCCUUGAGUGCCACUAGCAAGUUUGUUGCUACUCAGACUUGGCUCAUCAAAGUAACACAAUAUAAUGUGAAUUUGGUCAAACAAAGUGAUUGUGCUCUAGUUGCUACUGCUACUGAUAGUCACAACUUCACAACAUCAGGGGAAGAUGAAGUGCAGUAUGUUAACAUAGAAGCUAUACCAUCUCGAGAGGAUAUAAAGAGGUUUUCUUUCAGAAUUUCCACAGCUUCCCUACGAGACUUGCAGCCUCGAUUGGAGCACCCUGUCAGAGUGCCUGAGCAUAUAUCAUUGCUGCCAACCUUGAUUGAAAGAUUUGUAAAUGUUUUCAAGCAGCAUGUUGACCAGAAUCCUAUUUAUUAUGUUGAUCAUGAAUUAGAGCUGUGCAUAGGAUGCAUGCAAAGUCAAGCUGAUGUGAAACUGCAGCGACGUUGUGCUCCCCCACCUAUAAAUAUUGAAGGUGGACCAGCACCUUGCCAACAGUGUAACUGCAGAGUGCUGUGGUGCUGCGCGUGCAUGGCGAGGUGGUGGGCGGCGCGCGCUGCGGGCGCGCCCGCGGCGUGGCUGGCGGCGCGCGGCUCGUGCCCCGUGUGCCGCGCCGUGUUCUGUCUGCUGGACGUGUGCCCCGCGCGCGCGCCGCCCGCC